UGCAAGUAAUCUGACAUGGAGUUUCAUGGUUAUCUCGCCGGAGCAGGCAUCGCAAGCAAGAUCACGAGCAACACCGACUGCAGACUGGGUCUUCUGGGCGACACCGUCCAGCCCGAGCCCCUCCAGAUCGUCAAGCGACGUGAGAGCGUCCUGCGCGGACCAGCCACGGUCGGACGCUGCGGUGGGCGAGGCGGCGGCGGCCCCAGGAGGACCAGUGGCGAUACAGACACGAGUGGCGGCAGCGCCCCCGAGCUGCCGGGCGGCGAUGCCCCGCUGACAAUACCCAAGCGCAGGCGCGGCGCGAGCGGCGGCGGGAGCGUAGUAAGAAGGUCCCAGAUCUCCUCGAGCUGGACGUGGUCGCCCUGUGUGAGGGGAGGUGGGCUUUCUGGAAUUGGACCCGAUGCCUAUGACGACAGCGAUGAUGAUUCGGCUGUUGGACAAGCAAGGCCGAGUUUGCAGAGUCGACCUGUACCAGAUGUCGUGCUCACGCAGAACAAGACGGGAAGCUCCUUCAUCUCACGAAGUCCCUCGGGCGAGUCAUUACAAGCAACGCAGCAGCGGCUUCACUCACCUCCCUACUAUAAUCCGUAUGCACAUGACAGCGGCGAUCCGUACUCACGUGCCAAUACUUGCCUACCAUUUGUCAGCCAUGCACCGUUUAGAAGACAGCAAUACCAUCAGAGCCCUCCGCUAGCAGACCCCUCGGUAUUGGUACCCUGUGUCACCGUAGUACCGGAGUACAAAGAUAUCGAUGCUGGCAGACGGAGCUUCUGGGCGGCUGUUCAGGUCUCGACACAGUUGACUCGGCCGGAGAUCAUGGUGGCCAGGAAUCGUUUCGGAGAUGUCUGGAACGGAGGAGAGAAGUUUCAGGUGACGCCGAGGGUUGUGCAUGACGACGAGCUAGGCCUUCAUCAAUUUGGCUAUCUAUACGAUAUCAGUCUUGAGGUAUUUGCCGUAGAUGGCAGCUCCCUAAUGGAGGUCCUAAUGGACAGAACAGCACCAAAGACCCUGGUACCAGGAGACAAGAUUCUUGCUCUGGCCCAUGUCGAGCUCGAAGCUACUCGAAGCCCGGACUUGGCCAACUUUCCAGGUCAACAGCAUGGUAGAAGACACGACUCCGAGGAGCUCAUAAGAGAUCUCGAGCUUCAGCUAGGUAGCACGCAGGCGGAGUUCCUACGCGUGAGGCUGACCUACCGCCACUCAGGCUUCCCCCAACAGCAGGCGCAACAGCAACGACAGGAUACUCAUUGUGGUGAUUCGCUGAUGUCUUCAACGACCACAACAACGGCGAACACUCACAAGAUUGAGACGCAUGUGAUAGCAGCCAUCGAGCGGCGUAGCUCAUCCUCACCAUGGUCACCAUCUCCAGCCUCGAUGCCAAACCCACUGAUUCAGAUCGUAGCUUCUUGCUGGGGAGUAGCAGCUGCCCGGGACGUGAUAGAUCGUACGUCGGUGGGACGGCAGUCACAGGCCAGUAGUCGCUCUUGUCGAUCGCCUGCCGAGUCCUCGAUGGGCCGGCGGCCGCUGUCCAGCAUCGAAGGUAACGCCGUACCCACCGUGCCCGCCCGGCGUGCUAGCCUACGGAAGGCUAGGGCAGACUCGACAGCAGAUAGCGGAAGCGAGCGUGAGAGGGGAACCCCUGAUCCCGCUCACAGCAUUUGGUCCCAGAUUCGCCGAGCGUCGUCGACCAAAGCGCCGGGGACAAAGCUCUUGUCCACACCUGCGGUAUCUGUGCGUGGGAGAGGACCAAAAAAUCCAAACGGGAUCGUGGCUAGCCGUCUCGAGGGGCUCCAGCAGAGACAGCAAGAAUCACGGAAUAGCCAAGGGCCAACUACCGAGCCGCCGAUCCCAUGGCGAAAGAGGGAUCCUGACGCACGGCGAGAGUCGCUUCGGGAGACAGCGCUGCGCAACCGGAGAUCGCUUGGGGUGGACACCUUGCGCAGCCUCGUGCCCAGCGAGUGCAGCAGCAACAACGGCAGCCAGAAGCCGUUGGUGCAGAACUCACACCAACAUGAUAUCCGAAGUCUGAGAGGCAACAACAAUAACAAGGGAAAGCGGGAGGCUGGUGGGCGGUGGGGAUGGGGUGGCUGGUGGUAACCGAAUUCCAGGCGUAGGCCUAAGCAGACACAUA